AUGAGUCUUUUAUCAUGGUUGACAUCCCUGAGUGUGCUCGCCUUUUAUUUCAUUUGCGUUGAGGGUUCAUUCACCCCAAGCGCAAGGGCUGGACACAGCGCAGUACUAUAUGAAUUAAAUGUUUACUUUCAGGGUGGAGCGGGCUCCAGUCCUUCAGUCAGCAGCGACUUCUUCUAUCUAAAUCUAUCCACCCCCUUUGAUACCACCAAUCAAUCAUCGAUUCCCUGGACGAAUCUCUCCCUUCCUCUUCAACCGUCUCGUUCUUUUGCCUUCUCGUGUGUAAGCGGAAAAAGCAUCUUCAUUUUCGGAGAUUUGGGAAAUACUCCGCCCCCGGUGAUUCGAUUUGAUUUGACCGAUCUAUCGUGGAAAACGCCUGUCAUUAGUGGACUGACGACACAGAAUUCCAGCAGUGUCGCAAACCAGUGCCUAACCACUGGCGAUGGGAAAAUUUACAUGUUUACCGGUAAUAUAGUUGCCUUUGAUACGACGAGUUUGGCUUGGCUUGAGCGCCCUUCAAAGGUAACGACUGUUCGAAAUAAAAAUAACGUAAUAUUACAAAAUGGAACUGUCAUUUUUGUUGGCGGAGAGAUGGGGGAUACAUCGUCGUACCUCUUGUAUCAGAAGAUUUGGUCUUAUGACACAAAGAGUGAUGUUUGGACAGGGAUUGACACGAAAAAUAACGUGACAUCUGGUUGCACGCCUACUGCAUCGGUACUAGUCUCCGACGGUCGCAUCGUGAUAUUUGGAUGUUUUCAGGGAGACAUCACAUCCGGAAUUGUAGUAGUAGACACCAAAAACAAUUACGAAUUCUUUAAACCAAACAUCUCUAACCAAGGACCACCACCCAACUUGGUGGAUUUCACGGCCACGUCAAUUGGAUCAUAUAUUUUGAUUGCAUUCGGUCGUAACAGCGCAACGAGUGAAUUCUCAUCGAAUAUUUAUCUCUUGGACAUAAGACAAAGAAGUAACUUCACGUGGACAACUUCCUAUGAUCCAAAAAAUGAAAAACCAUCAGACCCUGUAGAUUCAUCAGAUGGUUCAACAAAGGUCAACGGCGGCCUGAUCGCAGGAGUUAUCAUCGGAAUAGCUGUUUUGAUUGGCAUAGUUUCAUUUUUACUCUACAAAAGGUCAAAGUACAUGGACAGCGUUCGAUGGGGACACCUGCGGAAAUUUGGAUUUGGUAGAUCGCGAAAUGACCAGCAGGAUACAUUUGUCAUACCAUAUCAAGAAAACCCGGUGUCAACAUACCAAGACACGUACGCGUACGAUCCCAAUAAACUCGCCCCGAGAGACGGUGGCGCUAGUUCUAGUAUGAGUGGCUCCACGGUACAAGAUGUGUCCAAGUCAUAUAACUUAAAUGUGUAUGAUCCGUAUGCGACAGGUGCCUCGGGUCAUCUCUCGAGGUCGUCCAGUGUGUAUUCUCGUCAGACAGAUUUCGAUGAGGAGAACGG